UGGGAUUUCAUUAAAUCUUAUAUCUAAUUGAAGCAUACCAUCACAAGAAUGCAAUGGCAGAACCACUGCCUGAGAGAAGCUACCCUCUGCCAUCUCCUCAGCCAUCAAGAGAAAUGUUAGAAGCGUCAUGGGGACUAGACCUCACUCCAGAGAGAGAUGUGAAGCCCAGAGAAAGACUGAGAAAGUUAAAAGCCCCUAGUUCUAGACGAUUGAAAGCUCAUGAUGGAGGAUUUGCUGAUAAAGCCCCUGCUCUAUCCAUUCCCCAACUCAACUCGACGGCCGUGCUGUGCAGUCAGAUCCAGCAGCUCAAGCUACAGCCUAGUAGGGACCCCACUCAACACUUGCACUACUCUGACCCUGAAACUGAGAAGAAGCUACCGACAGUUGUCAAAGAUAAUAUAGCCGUAUUAUCCGACUUGGAAGGUGUUCUCAACCAAAGACCUGUGACAGAGGUGAACAUACCCAGGCAUACUACUCGCUACUCUAACUUGGUCUCAGUGGAGGUCAGUGAUCAUGAGAGUGUGGUUGCACAACCUUGCAGGAAGAAAACAAAGAUGCCCGUCAAGUCAUCCACUGAAGAGAGUGGACCAUCACUGAUGGAAUUCUUUUCCUCUGAAUUGGAGUGGGAAGAAGCAGCCUGGAAUGUGGACACGAACUGUUACGCUAGCUGUGUAGAAUCAUUAGAUGCACCAAACAAUUUCCCAUCCAGUUUUUACUCAUACAUGUAUCAAUCUUGAUGCUUUCAUUUUCUGCGCAGAUACCUCCUCUAUCAAUCAUUGAUCUUACACCCACUCAAUUGUUUGAUGCUUAGCAACACCUCACAGCAACAACUUGACCUUAUCCAGGCCCACUGUACUCACUGGCUAGCUAGACUCUCAGCACAGCUAGCUAGCUCUAUUGGUAUCAAUGAGUGACUCAGAGAGACAGGGCCUAAGGCGGCGGUUUGAUGCCAGAUUGGAUGCCUAUCUGCGGAGGACUCUCUCCCCUCAAGAUCAUGACAGAAUCUCCACCUCUGUCAAGUGUGUCGCCUCUCUAACAGGGGACGUUCUGAACAAGCACAAGUAUGCAAUACUGGGGCACAAGUGUGUCUAUCUCGCUGACGUGCCUCCCAAGAAUGUGAAGGUGGCCGUACAUCUCCGAGAUGUGCAGUCCGUCCAGAUGCUCGAUGACCUGCCAGGAUUCCUCAACCGCAAAGAUAGUGAGAACACAGUUCACAUUCAAGUGCGCUACCACAUGAAAGCUAAAGAAAAAUCAGACAUUUUCUCGUCCAUCGUAAAACGGUCUCCUUCCGUAUUCAGGAAAACAAAAACUGACCCCCUAACGACCAUAACCCUACCCCCCACACCCAUAUCCCUCACACCACCAUCCUCUCCACCCCCCGGUAGCAAAACUCACCCCGGACCAAGAAGCAAAUCGCUGAGUCCCAAGAGCCCUCUUCUACUCUCUACCAAAUCAUCACCUCAAGCCAGGCCUCUACCUAGUUUUGUGUCACCAAAGAGAGCCGCAGACAUUAAAUUUCGUUCAUCCCCAAUACAUGGAAGCUUGAACAGUGUCAAUAUUGAUGAACCCUCUUCUCUAACUGCAAUUCCACGGUCUCCACAAGUUCCCUCUAGGCUGACCUCCAAUCAUCGCUCACGUUCUACAAACACACUCUUUGCUCCUGGUCCGCUAACAGUUCAACAACGAUCUAGCUCAUCCAAUAACCUAUACGCCACCUCCCCUCUGACUGAGUCUAAGAGACAGCACAAUUUAUUGAGUAUAACAGAUGCAAUGGGCCUGAGUACAGAACAGGAGAGGACAGCUUCAGAUAGGUCUGCACUAGGAGUAAUGGACCUCUAUAUUCUACAGCCGGUGUCAGACUUUUACCACCAGCUUUGUGUAGCCUGGGACAACUGGAACAUUAAUCAACUGUGUGACACUGACGACACGCAGAAGCAUAGAUCACCACUAACACAAAGGGACCACUUCUCUCAGCGCUACCUAUCUUUGAAGCAAGACCUCCUACAGUGCUCCCCCCACCAGCUCGAGGUAGCCGCUGGACUGGCCCUAGAGUUGUCCACUGCUGCACAGAGAUACAGUGUCAUCAAACGUCUGUUCUGGGAGGAUUGUGAGUUGCUGGAUUUUUGUGUGCAUCAACUUGAGGCUCAUCUAAAUCUCACAACGCCAUUACAACAUUCUAUGACCGAUAGAAUGGAAUAUUCAGUUAUCUUGAUGGACAUGGUGUACCAAAUGCUCAAGGAGACGUACCACAUAAAGAAGAAGAUGGUUACCCUGACAAGAAAUGUACUCAUCUCUCUAGCUACUGUCAUCAUCAGCAACUCCCUCAACACACCUCACCCUGAGUUGGCCUCACUGGAGAGAGAAGGGAUGGAGAAGUCGUGUGGUAUUUUAUACGAGCUGCUUCAAGUGUGUCUGCAGACACGAUGGCCUGAGGCUGACAAGACCUCACUCGUUAUCACUAAGGUUGUGGAUGACAUCAUCAAACUACCAGGCUCGAUGGAUUUCCUAGGCAGAAUGAGUACCUAUAUGUGUGAUGUAAUUGGGUUGAAGUCUGAGUCUGUGAUUGAGGUGGCAGCAAAGAAUCGAGUGUCACUACAUCACACGAGCUUUGUACUUCACUGCUUGCUUCAACAUUGCUCUAACGACUCUAUGAGAUUGAUGAAGCAAUGUUUAGGAGACAACUUCAGAUACUAUAUAAGUGUCACAAGGUGCAAGCAAGUACUAACAGGCUGUAACCCUCUCUCACGAAAAACUGUCUCAUUUCUACAAACUGUGAAAUCAAAAAUCAUAUAAUCUCUUAUCUCAAUGUCACAAUUGUUAACAAAAUAUUUUCCAUGAACACAAUAAACAAAAUAUUAAGAUGUUUCUUUCAAUUGAGAA